UGGCCGGCUGCUGAGGGGAAGGUCCUGCUGAAACACCCCAUGAAAUGGCGGCAUGUGUAUUUUGUGCCACUUAUUAAACAGAAAAGCACUUACAGCGACUUCCUGAACAAACAGAUGACUGAAACCUCUGCUAUCGCGGCCCGUAUCUUUACUCAAACAGGGGCGUAUGUUCACACUUCUCGGACUGCCCAUCGCCAGGGAAUAUUUUGUUUGUUCACAAAUGCUGGAUAUGCUGGGUCAAUGAACUGUUACUCCAGGAAACAGAACUGAGAGGACAAACUGAGAAGACAUUAUUGUGAUGGCAAGCAGGAAUGCAACACUCUCCCAGAAGUCUCUCAUCUAGGGAAACAUGCAAGAAAGCAACCUUUGUGACUUUUUAAACCACUGACUGUAACCCAGUCCAGGUUUGUUAGUGUCUGCUGAAAAAGACUUCUAGAACUUUAAAGCAGGCUACAAGACUGUCCUCAGCAAGAUCCAAGAACUUCCCAGACUCUUUACCAGCCCUACACACAAAACAAGAUGCUUGACCUAAGCUUCCUGACAGAGGAGGAACAAGAGGCAAUAAUGAAGGUGCUGCAACGGGAUGCAGAGCUUAAAAGAACUGAAGAAGAGAGAGUCAGGCAUUUACCAGAAAAAGUCAAAGACCAUGUUCAGCUGAAGAAUAUGAGUGGGCAGUGGUUUUAUGAGGCCAAGUCGAAGAGGCACAGGGAUAAGAUCCAUGGAGCAGAUAUUAUCAGAGCUUCCAUGCGCAGGAAACCUGCCACCAUUGCUGAAGUGGGUCAGAACAAAAUGAGCAAAGCAAAGAUCAGCUGGGUGAACAAUGUUAACAAAGAAGUGUUUGUGCCACCAGAUCUACAUGGCAUUGAGGAGCAUCAAGAAGAAGAACAACAGAAAACUAGUUGGAGUCCUAAAGAAGUAAACCCUGUGUUAAACAAGCCAGAGGGAAGACCUGUGAAGGCAGCAGUCUCAUCAGUAAGGCAAAGGAGAAAUCCAUUUAAUUCCAUUGUAUCAGAUGAUACCUUGAACAGUGUGGAAUCAGAAGACAGACCAGUCAUUGUACCUCAGCUAUCAAAGAAGGAAAUUUGGUCACUCGCAGAAGACAGCCCACCUAAAUCAAACUUACAAAAUGAUAAAACAGAUAAACCUGAGAAGCCUUCUACAGAACUUACUGAUGAAUCACAGAAGGAACUAGCUAAGCGUCCUGUCCCAAAAGCUAGGAAACUAAUUCACAAAGCAGCAGAUUCUCAAAGAGAAGACCUUGUUCCCAAAUCAACCAAGCAGACUGAGAGGGUUAAUGGCAUUGGUACCCCACCCAAGGGCAUUCUGAAGCGCAGCUCAAGCUCAAGUUCCACUGACUCAGAAGUUCGGGUCAGUCAGACUUUAGAUGUUCAGAAAAAGAAUGGUCUUGCUACUGCAACUAUUUUUGAAGGAGAAGGUGAGAAGAACUCUUUUAUAGAAGAAGCAGAAAACUCCACACAAAAUUCACUAGAAAAACUGAAACAAGUGAGGUUUUCAUCUAGCUCAGGUAAAGGAAAAUCUCUGCAAAGCCCACAGCUACACCAUGGUAAAGAAAAAGGAGAUCAUGAUACCUUAAAACUUGACAAAAAAGAGAAUGGUGAAAAUUAUGCUGUUCAAUCAGAUUCACUUGGGAAUAAGCAAAUUUCUGCUGCAAAGCCUUCGGGAACCUAUUCAUCAACUUUAAAAAUGAAAACAGUAGAUGGCUUACAAGAAGACACAUCUGCAUCCACCCCUCAUGACAGUAUCAGAUCAGACUUCCUGGUUAGUGAAAGCUUCCAGAUAGAUACAGUUACUCCCAAGAAACUUGAAACUCCACAGAAGACCUCCAGCAAUAUCCUGUCAAACCACAAUAAUGAACGGAGUGUUGAUGAGACACAUGAAAAAAAAUCCAACCAGAUCUUGAGCCGUGAAUCAGAGUCACACAAAAACUUUACUGAUGGACAUCAACUUUCUGCUGAAACAGAAGCACAUGAGGUGUCCAAUACCAAUUCUACAAGUCUUCAACAAGGUAAGCCUGAUCUUGUUGAGGAGAGAGAUGCUAAAACCAUUUUCAAGCCUGGCAAGCAUGCUGAUGAACUCCUGAAAGUGGACGAUGAAUCUGUGUCAAAAGUUUUAGACUGGUUUAAAAGAAGUUCUAGUAAUGAAGAUGAGGAAGAUGUAUCAACAAAGUCCCAAGGCAGGGUGCCCAGAGAGGAAGUGGAUGUGUCAAUCAGAACAGCAGUUCUUCCUACAAAGCACAGUGGGCCUGGCAUGCAUGGAAAAACAGAAGAUACAGAAGAGACACCAUUUGGAGAGAUUAAACAACAGAGCAGAAUUCCAUCUACAUCCUUUACUUCAGAAAACACACAGCUGAUAAAGGAGAGGGUGAAGCCUAAGAUAGGGGAAGCAAAUGAGAAGCAAAAUGAUAAAUUGCUGACUGAAUUUGAUUGUACAAGAGUUGAAGAAAAAGAACAUGGUCGAGAAAUCAAACAACAAAAUAAAAAAUCAAGUCUCUUGGACCAUCAAGGGCACAAGUUACCAGCUCAGAAAUUUGAAUCAGAGAAGGCAAUACAAGAAAAAAGAAGAAUAAGGGAGAUCAGAGCAUUCUGGGAAAGGAAUAAAACUAUCCCCAGUCAUGGAGAGAAAGAAGUUAAUAUCAAUGCUGAUGUGUCAGGUGGCCAUGCAUUAACAGGUCUCAGUGAAAGUGACCAGCUAAAGAGAUCUGCAGUGUAUCUACCCAAGGCAUUGCAUAAUCCGAGCAAGAAUACAUUGAGAAGUCUUGAAGUAAGUUGUGCAAGCCAGGUUUCAAGAAACAAAAGUUACCAUUCUUUUGAAUCAGGACCAAGCCAUGCAUUUAGAAAGCCAGAAGGGGCACUUCAAUCUGGUGAACUCCCAAAAGCCAGUAAUUUGCAUCCGAGAGUUGGUGUCACUUCAGCUUCCUCAAAAAGCAAAGAUGAAGAUGAGAAGGAAACUCUUAAAGGGAAAGUUGCUGCUUCUUCCCAACAGAAGCCCAGCUUCCAGGUUUUGUCUUUAAAAGAAAAGAUGAAUGAAAAGUCCAAGAAUCAAAUUUUAGAUCCUUCACACUUCCAGAGUCUGAGAAACUUCUGGGAUACUGGAGUUAAAUUCCAAAGUAGCAUUGACAGUGAAGAUGAUUCUUUGCCAAAUAAUACUAGAUCAAUAACCUAUGAAAGAAAAUCAAAGGAAGAUAAAAAAGGCAAAGAUAAUGUGAGCAAGCAAGGGUUGAGUCAACAACAAACCCAAACAUCUGAGAGAGAAAAACCACAGAAACUAGAUUCUGAGAUAUGCAAAAAGUCUUUAGGAUCUCCUAUCCUAAAAGGUCUGAAUGUGACACACACAAAAAAUACAGACUCUCUCCAACUGGACAGACAACCAGUUAUCUCAAAAUCCCAGGAAAAGAUGGAUCUUCCAGAGCAAGAAGUUAGAGAAUGUACAGAAAAAGGCAUUGUUUCUUCAAAAGAUCAUCAUGUAUCCUUGCAGCUCCAGUCACCUGGUGAUAAAGGUGCUUUAAAAGAGACAGUAGUAGGUGAUAAAGUAUAUUUACCUAUAGAAAAAGGGGAAAACAAGACUACUCCUUUGGAUAAAGAGGAAGUUGCAGAGACUGUGGAUAAAGUUGUUCUACCAUCAGGUGAGCUUGAUAUAUUUAAGUCAUGUCUAAAGAAGGUAGAAAAGGAAGCCUCUGACAUGUCAUGUAGCUUAAACCUAAAAGAAAACAUUUUAAAAGGGACACAUUUUCAGUCAAAUCAGUGCAAGGUCUUUGAGAGAACAGGGGACGACUGUCAUAAUACUUCUCCUGAUGAUCAAGGACAAGAAAUAGGCGAAAGUACAGGACAAGUGAAUGUGUCAUCAACAGAUAAGCAACAGAAUAGAAAAAGUCUCAGAAAACUGUUUAGGGAAUUUGAACCUUUUUAUCUACAAUAUCAGGCAUUAGACAAGGAUGAUACUCUUGAGGGCUCUCAGAGGCCUCAAGAUGGUUUGGAGAACCUUCUCACACAGACUCAUGUAUCUCAACCUUCUGAAUACAGAAGGGUGGGAAAGAAAACAUGCAAUGACUCAAAUAGUAUAUCACAAACUAACUUCAGUGUAGAAUCAGCACACCAAGAAGCUACUGGUCAGCCUGAAGAGGUCCAGGAGCUCAUAGAGAAAUCUGUAGCUGGAUCCAAGGUCAAUAGCUUGAGUUCUGCUCUAGAGAAGCUGCUGAAGGAGGCUUCUGAAGCACCACCUCCUAAAUCCAAACAUGCUGACAGCACAGCAUGGCGGACUGCUGAGGAGCAAGUUAAAAGGACAAGGUAUGAACAUGGUGGAGAAGUGCCGCAGGAAAUCAGUGAGACUGUAGAAAUGUCUGUUGCCCCAUCCAAGGCCAGUGGCUUGAGUUCUGCUUUGGAGAGGCUGCUGAAGGAGGCCUUUGAAGCACCACCUCCUAAACCCAAACGUGCUGACAGCACAGCACAGAGAACUGCUGAGGUGCAAGGUAAAAGCACAACUUACAAGUGUGGUGGGGAGCUGCCUGAGGAAAUCCCUGAGAUAAUAGAAAAGUGUGUUGCCCCAUCUUCGGACAGUAGCUUGAGUUCUGCUCUAGAGAAGCUGCUAAAGGAGGCCUCUGAAACACCCCCUCCUAAGCCCAAACGUGCUGACAGCACAGUACAGGGGACUGCUGAGGUAAAAGCUAUGAGCACAGCCUAUGAGCAUAAUGGAGAGCUGGUGCAGGGAGUUGGUGAGACCACAGAGGGAUCUGCACUAUCCAACACUGAAUAUAGAAGGUCUGAUGUUAAUUUUCAGAAUCCACCCAAAGAGGUCUCUGAAACACCAGCUUCUGUGCUGGAAAAUAUGGAUAAGAAAAUCCAUGAUAAAAUACAGACUAGUGUAAGUAUAUAUGUUCCACAUCAACGAGACAGAGAUCACCCUCAAGAAAUACAAGAAACAAUAGAGAAAACUUCUGUUUCAAAUAUCACACAAUUUGGUGAAUUCAGUCGCUCUUUAGAAAAACUACUUCAAGAAGCAUCUGCAGUUUCAUGUCCAAUCUCCAAUGAUUUAUAUCAGCAAGAAGAGUUUGAGGCUCAUACAUUACCCUCAGAAAAAGAAAAAGAGACUCUAUUCAUGACAAGGUCACAGCCAUACAAUGCCCUAAGUAGCUAUGAUACACAAAUGAAGAUAGUUCUUAAAGAGGGAUCUCCAGAAAAAUAUGUCAAAGCCUCAGUUAAGGAUCUUGCAGUAAGUGAAAUUGAAGCUUCUGGUCUUAAAAGAAAGGGAGCCAUUAAUAAAAUAGGAGAGACAAACAUGGUUCCAGUUGAUCUUCAUCCCUUGGAAGGCAAGAUGAAUAUGGUUGCAGUAAAACCAUUUGAGAUAAAUGCUAAAGGGAUGAAUGAAAGCACAUUCUUGGAGGCUUCUGAACAGAAUUCAGAAUUUCAAGCACUCGUGAAUUUCAGAAGAACAAGUACACCACUUAAAGAUGAAAGCAGCUCUCCCCAGCCAGAAGAAGCUCAGUUCUGCCAAAUGUCUCACCAUUAUGAUAACAAUGAGGAGGAAGGCAACAAUUUAAAUUUGGGAUCCAAGUUUUCAGAUGAAAACUCUGAUUGCCGCUCUGGAACAGGAAGUUCAACUCGUUCUGAAGAAGAAUUAAACCCUGUUUUGAUGGCUUUGAAAAGGAGUGCAGAUAGGAAAAAGCCUUCCAAAAGUCUAGAGGACAUUCCAUCAGCCACCUCAAGUGAGCACAAAGCUUAUAAAGAAAAAAUAAAUAAACCAAAAGAAGAAUUAGUUCUUAGUGCUGAAGAUGGUCUGAAACCUGAUCAGCAUCAAGAGAGGACUGAAAAUGCAUCAGAAAUUUCUACAGUGACUUCACAGCCUGAUAAACCAUUUUCCAACCCUGAAAAACUCAAGGGACUGAGCAAGUCGGUACCAUCAUUCUUACAGGAAGAGAGUGAUGACAGAGAGACAGAUACAACAUCAGAAAGCAGUUAUUCCUUUGGCAGAAUCAAGAAGAGUCCCAGCUCUCUAACCAAUCUUAGCAGCUCUUCUGGCAUGGCCUCCUUAUCCUCUGUGAGUGGCAGCCUAAUGAGCAUCUACAGUGCAGACUUUGGCAAUGUGGAUGUGAAGGGGAACAUUCAGUUUGCCAUUGAUUAUGUGGAGCAGCUGAACGAGCUCCACAUCUUUAUUUGCCAGUGUAAAGACCUGGCAGUGGCAGAUGUUAAGCGACAGCGUUCAGACCCGUAUGUAAAGACCUACCUGCUUCCAGAGAAAUACAGACUGGGCAAACGGAAGACAUCUAUCAAAAAGAAAAAUUUUAAUCCAGUCUAUAAUGAAAUACUGCGGUAUAAAAUUGAGAAGGAGCUCCUAAAGAAUCAAAGCCUCAAUAUCUCUGUCUGGCACAAUGAUACCUUUGGUAGGAAUAGCUUCCUUGGUGAAGUGGAGUUGGAUUUAGGAGCUUGGGACUGGAAUGAUCCAUCCAAUAAGCAGAUCAACUGGUUUCCUCUCAAGCCAAGGACUUCAGCAAUAACACUUAAUCUAGAAAACAGAGGGGAGAUGAAACUAGCCCUCCAGUACGUCCCACAUCCAGUUGCAGGAAAGAAGACACUAUCUACUGGUGAAGUCCACAUCUGGGUGAAGGAAUGCCAUAACCUCCCUCUUCUGAGAGGCAAUAGGCUCAACUCUUUUAUUAAAUGUACCAUUCUUCCAGACACCAGCAGGAAAAGUCGCCAGAAAACAAGGACGGUUUCAAAAACUACAAACCCGGUGUUCAACCACACCAUGGUCUAUGAUGGCUUUAGACCAGAAGAUUUGAAAGAAGCCUGCAUAGAACUCACAGUCUGGGAUCACAACAAACUAGCAAACCACUUUCUGGGAGGCCUCCGGAUAGGCCUUGGAACAGGCAAAAGCUAUGGAACUACAGUAGAUUGGAUGGAUUCUACUUCAGAUGAAACUGCCCUUUGGGAGAAGAUGAUGAACUCCCCAAACACGUGGAUAGAAAAUACACUACCUCUCAGGAUGCUUAUGGUUGCAAAAUUGACAAAAUAAGGUGGAUUUUUAUUUGUUAGCCUCAAAAAGGAACCUUGGGAAUUAAAUUAAAAGCAUGUGGGUGGAACUUGGAAGAGGAACACAGUAGUAGCUUUUUUGACAGUUUCUGCUGUUACUGUUCUGGUUUUGUGCUGUCAAAUGCCACUUUGUAUUUCAAACAUCUGCUGAUUGUUAUGUAAAUUGUAGGGAUUUUUAAAUUUCUUAUUCACUGAAAACAACUUCAAGAAAGAAGGUGCUUACAGAACUCAGUGUUAGGGGUAGCUGUGAUAGCUGGAUUACUGUGUUGUCUAACGGAAACAUUUCUGAUCCCUUAAAUGAUCCCAAUAACCAGCAGAAAUAUAAGAGCAAGUCAACUGUUUCUGAACAUUGCUUGGAUUGUUCUUGAAGUCUUACUGAUAAGACAGCAACAUUAGUGUUAAAGCUCAUUGGUAUGUAUUUGUAUCCUCAUUAUGCCAUGUUAGAUCUCACCAGCAUGGAACAUAGGCAUGAAGAAUUUAGUUUUUUGAAAGUUCCUCUAGUUGUAAUAGUACAUUUCUUGGACAUGAAAGUUACUUCCCCAAUGAAAGAAGCAUGUCAUGAAGUGUCACUGUUGAUGUCCUAUUCUACAAGGUGAAGAGGACUUAGUUCCAAUGUACUGUAAAAAAUCAGGGUUACAAAAGGUUUGCUUUAUAUAUGUGUUAAUCAUCUUGCUAGCAUAAAAUACCUAGUCUUAAGUGCUGAAGAUGUGAAGGUGAAUUUUUUUUAUUCCAGUCCUACUCAAAAUGUCAAUUUUAGCGAUGGCAAGAAUGUUGGGUAUUUAUUCUCCAAAGUGCCCUUGUUCGUACCUGUAUCCAUUAGUUUGGGGUUUUUUGCAAGAAGUGAACUUACCUGUGCUUCAGCGCCACCGUUAGGAGACUGGGAGGACUGUGGUGGGCUUUGCUUCGUUUUGAGGCAUAGCAAAUAAGACUGGAGUUUUUAACUUGUAGAAAUGCAUGCUACUGGUAGAUAAAUACAUGAAAUACAAAAUAUAUUUUGUUUCUUUUUUUUUAAAAUAAAUGCAACCUAUUUAAACUAAAUAGGAAUUCAGUUUUUCUUAAAUUCCAGGGGUUUAUGUUAGCCAUUCAGCAUGCAAUAUAACAAAAUGCAGACAGAAAACAUUUUUGAAAAUAAAUGCACAGUUAUUUACUCCAGCUAAGUCUAAAAGCUGGUGAAAUCUUUCACUAAAGUUAGAGUAGAGGGGAGAAGGGAGCUCUUCACAGCUCUAAUGCAAUUGCUUGAUUUAAUAAUAGAAAUUUAAAUGCUACUUAUGUAUUUAUUAUACACUAUGAAAAAAAGGAAAGAGGCUCUUCAGCCUUCCAGGGAAUCCACUAUCCCUCUCAUCAGCCAGGCAGUCUGUGGAGUUUAAAAGUGUCAAAAGCAGUUUGCCAGUCUUUGAUAUCUUCCUGCUUCAGGUGUUUUUUAUGAGAUUGGUAACUGCUACAGCUUCCACUCUGUCAGGCAUAUACAAAAGACUUUUUGUGUGCAUAUGACACUUCAGAACAAUGAUUUUUUACCAAAAUGGUACAGCUUCUGCUUUGAUUCUACAUUCUUGAAGAGUCACUACAGAAAGGAUGGUGAUUCUGAAAAAGAAGAGGUACUUAAUUUAUUUGUAUUUGCUCCCUAUAUGAAUAAAUUUUGCAUCUGAAAACAUAGGUUGCUGUGAACAUGACCUACAGUUGCAGUUUUAUCUCCUGUGAAGCACAAAUACAUUGCAAAGUCAAAUCAGCUUUAGGUUCAAUUGCAGAGAUGGGGUCUUAAGGCUCCACAUUUGCAGGACUUGCUUGGGUCUUGCCUCCAAAUUUGCAGGACCCUCAAAGCCAGCAACUGACUCAGAAUUCAUUAUUGAGGGGCUGCUCAAUAGUGGGCCACAAGUGUCAUGUAAUCUGCUGUCUUCUAUACUCUACAAAAUUUUUAUCCCUAAACUUCACUGCUAUCAAAAUAAAAUGUUUAGUUUGUCACAGUGACAGUCUCCUUGUCUUCUGAUCAAGUAGAAGACAUUCUGUGUCUUGCUGUUCUUUUAGUCCUCCUAAAGGCUGACACAGAAUUUUCCUGGUAUCUCAAAAGACUCUGCAUAUCACCUUACUAAUAGACCAAACCUCAAAUUUUGAAAAGCUACCUGAACUUGAAUGCAAGAUUUACUUACAUGUUGCACUUGUAAUUAACUAGUUUGAUUAACUA